GCUUGCUCGGGGCCAGAGGCAAUGGCGGCGGAUCCGGUUCCUCUUCGGGCCGUGUCCCCGUCCCCGUCCCCGGCCCCGGCCCGCUUCGUUCUCUUCCUCCUCCUGCUGCUGGCGGCGGCCGCGGUCUGUGAGGGCCCCGCCACCCGGGCGGAAGUUCACAGUUUGCGGGGCAACACCUGGAAAAUCCGCAACGCGAACGGGAGCGUCCGGCUGUCGGGGGUAACAGUCCCGGGGAAUGUGCACAGUGCCCUGUUGUCCCGGGGCAUAAUUGAGGAUCCUUAUUAUAGGUUUAACGAUGACACCUAUAGAUGGAUUGUGUUGGAUAAUUGGACAUAUAGUCGGAUGUUUACGUUACCACUCGAUGUCAGUAAAUGGAAGAGAAUAAAUCUAGUUUGUGAUGGACUCGAUACUGUUGCAACAGUCCUUAUCAACAAUAUCACAGUUGGGACAUCAAACAACAUGUUUAGUCGAUAUACCUUUGAUUCUACUGAUGUGAUCAGAGAAAGAAACUUCAUCGAAGUCCGCUUUUUAUCUGCAAUCUCUUAUGCAGCACAGCAGAGUUCACAACAUAACAAAUACCCAGUGCCUCCUGAAUGCCCUCCUUUACAACAAAGAGGAGAAUGUCACGUCAAUUUUAUCAGAAAGGAGCAGUGCUCUUUCAGCUGGGACUGGGGUCCGUCCUUUCCUACACAGGGUAUCUGGAAAGAUAUAAGAAUUGAGAUGUUCAACAUCUGCCACCUGACAUAUCUCACAGCAGCUACUAUUUAUGAUGAAAAAGCACAGAAGUGGUCUGUGGAAGUAGAGAGUUUUUAUGAUGUUGUUUUCUUCGAGCCAAUUGAAGGUGAGCUGACGGUUAGCAUUCCAUCUUUACGAACACAACGAACUUACAAAAUAGUUCUUGCAAACAAAGAAGACAGCAGAAGUAAAGUCAAAUUGGACAUUAAUCAGGAUACUUCUGUUGAUCUUUGGUGGCCCAUUGGUUAUGGUAAUCAGACUGGUUACAACAUGACUGUUACUUUCACAAUCAGCAGGAAAUACCACAUUGAAAAGUCUAUUAUGGUCUAUUUCAGAACAGUGGAGCUGAUACAAGAACCAGUACCAGGGUCUCCUGGACUAAGCUUUUAUUUUCGGAUAAAUGGGCUCCCGAUAUUUCUCAAGGGUUCAAACUGGAUUCCUGCAGAUGCCUUUCUGGACAGAGUGACAUUUGAUGUAUUGGAAAACUUGUUGCAGUCAGCUGUUGAUGCUAAUAUGAAUGCAUUAAGAGUCUGGGGAGGAGGAGUGUAUGAGCAAGAUGAAUUUUAUAAUCUGUGUGAUAGACUGGGCAUUAUGAUUUGGCAAGAUUUUAUGUUUGCCUGUGCACUUUACCCAACAGACCAAAGCUUUAUAAAUUCAGUGAAGGCAGAAAUUACUCAUCAGAUCCGUCGACUAAAAUUCCAUCCAUCCAUUAUAAUCUGGAGUGGAAAUAAUGAAAAUGAGGCUGCACUUGCAUCAAAUUGGUUCCAUAUUCCAUCAUCAAACAUCACACUGUAUCUAAAUGACUAUGUUAAUCUCUAUGUUAGUAACAUUCAAGAAAUUGUGCUUGAGGAGGACAGGAGUCGUCCUUAUAUUGCUUCAAGUCCCACUAAUGGAGAGGAAUCUAUUCAGGAGAAUUGGGUUGCUAAGAAUCCAUACGAUGUCCACUAUGGUGAUGUUCAUUAUUAUAGUUACACAGCAGACUGCUGGGACUGGACUCAUUUUCCAAAGACACGAUUUGCAUCUGAAUACGGCUUCCAGUCGUGGCCAUCCUUCUCUACUUUAGAAAGGGUUUCUUCUCCUGAAGACUGGUAUUACAAUAGCUCUUUCACCAAUCACCGACAGCAUCAAGUUGCAGGCAACAAGAAUUUGCUGUAUCAAAUACAGAUUCACUUUAACCUUUCUCAUGCAAAGAAGACACCCCUGCAAAGCUUUAAAGAUACACUUUAUCUUACUCAGGUAAUGCAAGCCGAAUGUAUAAAAGCCCAAACUGAAUUCUACCGUCGAAGUCAAAGUGAGAUCAUCGAUGGUCAAGGAUUGACGAUGGGGGCAUUAUACUGGCAGCUAAAUGAUAUCUGGCAGGCUCCCUCCUGGGCUUCCCUUGAAUAUGGAGGUAAAUGGAAGAUGCUUCAUUACUUUGCACGGAAUUUCUUUGCUCCUGUUUUGCCAGUAGCUUUUGAAGAGCAUGGAACACUUUUGAUCUAUGGUGUUUCUGAUUUACCCUCAAACCUUAAACUCAUUCUUCAGGUUAAGGUUUACAAGUGGAAUUUGAUGAAACCAGUGUGUGUUUAUGCCACUGAGUCAUUUAUUCUUAAGGCAAGGACUGCAGCCCCUGUCUACAAGGAAGUCACUGAUAAUCUGCUGAGGCGAUGUGACUGCAGCAGAUAUAACUGCAUAGUAACAUUUUAUCUUGAAGAAAAUGGCCAACAGCUUGGACCUUCAAACUAUUACUUAUUAUCUUCUUUAAAAGAUGCUCAGAUGCUCAGAAAGCCACAAGUUAAUGCCACCAUCAGUCAGCAAGGGGAGACGUACUGGAUCACUCUAAAGGCUUCAAGUAUUGCCCCUUAUGUCUGGCUGGAUGUAGGUAGUAUCCGGGGAAGAUUUAGUGAUAAUGGCUUCCUCAUGUUGGAGAACAUCAAGCUGACGACUUUUCACCCAUGGCGCCCAACCAACAUUUCAGAAUUGAGGAAAUCUCUACGUGUUCACUCACUUCUGGACAUUUAUUGAUAAUGAAUGAAGGUAGAGAGUGUCUGAUGUGCAUAAUCUACAUGGAGACUUCUUGUGUAACUAAUCCAUCAAAGAGGACAUAAUUUGAAUGAAACUGAAUUGAAAUUGACAAAAAUGAAGAUUGUUAAUUUUCUGUUAGUCUUGUUCAGAAUUGGAUGUGUUUGAAACCAAGGAAAGGAAAAGGUUUGUUUUGUUUCCAGUUAUGAAGUAAUUUUAUAUUUAAUUCAGUUAAAGAACGAUGCAGUGUUUUCUUGGUAUAUGUUUUGUAUUGACUUUGUAUCAGUGUAUAUUGUAAAUCUUUAAUUUGCAGUUCAGUAUUUGGAAUACCUUCUUACCCAAAAUCAGCUUCUUUGGACUCGCCACCAGCCUGGGUGAGUAACACCUACAAUACCAUCCAGGACAAAGCAAUCCACAUAACCCACGGGCUUUUAAAUAGAGAACUAAUUGUCAGAAAUAUAAUGUUUAAAUAAAAAAGUAUGUUUAUAAAUAUGUUUUUAUUAUAAGAUGGCACUGUUUAAAUGCAAAUGUAAAAAAAAGGACUGUGUUCAAGGUAGCUUGUUUCUCAAAUAGGUUCAGUGAAUUAAUGAAAUAAAUAAUUUUCAUCA